AUGAUGGAAAACAUUGCAAAUAAUUCGUUGAAAGAAACGAAAACUCCAACUUCAUCCAACAUAGGUAGUGAAGCCAUAUCAGACACAUCUAGAAUUGAUGAUGUCAGUAGUGUGGAAAGCUCAUGUCAUCAGGAAAUAGUCUUAGCAGGGACUACCUACAUUCCAGCAGUCUAUGAAUUCCGUCAACAGCCUAUUCUGAUGUUAGCUAGUCAACAACCUUUGCAGCAGUCAGUAUCAACAUCCUCUGCACCUCUGUCAUUUCACUUCAACGUAGACUAUCAGCAACACCAAACAACCUGCACACCAUUAUCCAAUCUCCAUACAACAGCUGCCAUUAGCUCGAAUAAAAAUAGCUGUAGAAUGAAUGACAUAGCUAAACUGUCUCUUAUCCCCCUAUUGCCUUAUCACACAUCGACUACAACAGACAAUAUUGCUCAACUUCAACAGUCAUCUGUUGCUUCACCAGAUGUGAAUCCAAAUACAAGACGUCAUUUUAAACGUCGUGUCGCCAAUUAUCACCAUAAUCAGAGGUCAACAGGUCUGGCCAUUUUAGAACACUCCCUGAAUAAAACUCCAGUGUGCAAUUCACACAGUGCUCCAUCUUCACUUUUCUCCGUUGCCAUAGCCAGAUGCUCUGAUCUAGAAAAUCAUAAGAAUCAGCAGAAAAAAGAAGUGCAUUAUCAGCAUCUACGCUCAUUUGCAUCAGCUAAUGAGAAUGAUGACGGUCCAGAUGAUCACAGUGUGAUUGUAACCAAUGAAUCAAUCCAAACAGCUGACAGAUCACUUUCAAAUCAUUCUAUUUCAAAUGAACAAAGGAAUAAUUUAUUAACAUCUAGUGAAUGUCUUUCUUCGUCUCUUGAAAAUCAUAAAUUAGAUGACAUCAUUCCUAGUACUACUACCACUACUUCUACUACUAACAACAACAACAUGAGUAGUAUUCCGGACAUCAGUGGUAGUAGUAGUAAUAAUGGUAAUUUUCCUGUAAGGUCACGUUCUUUUUUUCAUUUACGUCAACUGGAUUCCCCAAAUUCAGCUGGAUCUCAUUCAACAAAACCAAGUACCGACAUAUUAUGCUGUACUAGUGAUUCAUUGAAUCAGCUAACAGUAAGAGUUACAUCGUCACCGAUAUCCAUUAGUGCAGUAGAAGAUAGUCAUUUGUCAUAUUAUUAUUAUCAUCAUAAUCACCAUCUACAGCAACAACAACAGGACAAUUAUAAUCCAUGCAGUCAUAAUGUGAAUACAACUGGAAAUGCAAACACCGGUGGAAGUAUUAUUAAAACGAAACGUGGCAAGUGUGAGAAACACAUAAGUCUGGAGAAACCUGUCGGUGUCAGAUCGUAUUCAGCAAUGAGACAUCCAAAUGGGUGUGGUUCACGUGUGUUUCGUUCACCGCUUGAUGUACUUGCACCUUGUAAAGGAAAACUUCGAGUCGAUAUUGAAUAUCAAAAUCAUAUAAUUAAGUUACAAGUAAUUGAAGCCAAAGGUCUGCGAGCUAGUGGCGGUCAGAAUUGCAGUUCUUUCGUGAAAGUAAGUAUAACACCAGAAAAAGGCAAUCAUUUCGAGCAAACUACACAAACUGUUGAAAACCCGCAACACCUCACAAAGUAUGGCCGACGAAUUCAUCUUGCAGUUUAUGCUCAUUCUGGUCAAGAAUCAGAAAGCGAAUUUCUUGGCGGGAUGUCUUUUGGAAUUGAAAGUAUUCAAAACAAAGAACAUAUCUCUGGUUGGUAUUACUUACUGGAUGAGAAAAUGUACCGAAAAAAGCAUCUGAAAACUGCUUUAGAUCCUAAUGCAAACUUGGAAACUGGUUUUUGCCCAAAUCACGAUUUAGUCAUAACAGAUGCAGCAAAGACUGCAAUCACGGUGAUAACAACAAGUACACAAACAGCGGCGGUGGCAGCAUCAGCGGUAACAACAACCACAGCAGCAGUGGCAUCAAAUCAAGAUCCUACAUGGUGGACAUAUUCAAACCAACAAUCACCAAUGAACUUUGAGCUGGCCACUGAUCAAUCGGUGAAAAGCCUACCGAAUGAAAUGCAUUUUGUCGCUAAUUCUAACACUACUGUAAAAAACAAUACUAGUCAUAAUUACAGCACGAAUGAUACUUCAUUGAGGGAGUCACAUUCUGUCAUUACACCAGCCAACUACAUGAUUUACUCACAAAAUUUACCAAACACUAUGUUGGCCUACCCAAUAAUAACUCCAACAAUGAAUACCUAUCUAGCUGAAUUGUCUCCACCAGCUUCCUCACGUGUAAAUAUAUCCAUUCCAAAUACGAAUAAAGCAUUAAGUAAUAUGCAAAUCUUUCAGUUUCUUAUUCAAAAAGGCUCCAAAGGGUUUGGAUUCACUUUGUGCGGUAACUGUCCUGUUUACGUGAGUCAUGUUGAACCAGGUUCCCCAGCAAUGCAAUGUGGAAUACAAGCUGGUGAUUUUAUAGUUGCUGUUGACAAUCUGAAUGUGUCCAGAUCAACGAGUGAUAGUGUUGUUCGCAUGUUCAGAAUGUCACAACAUCCUGUCCACAUUACUAUUUCACGUCCUAUUCUAAUGAAAUCCAAUACGUCUGCGUUAAAUAUUGCACCGUCAACUAGUGGUAAAUCCCUUGGAAGUCUAAUCAAUAAAAGUUGUUUCUCUGCACUGAAAAAGUCGUCUAGUGAAUCGACAAAGUUAACACAACCAACAAAUAUUCUCAAGUUGAGUCAAACAACGUCUCCGUCCUCUCCCAACUAUUGUCAUCACCAGCAUCAGCAACAUCUUCCUUCAGCGGUAUCAGUCCGACUGUCAACAGCACCGUUGCACUCUUGUUCUUCCACUGACUUUACAUCAGCAAAGUUAUCCAGUUACUUUACAUCACCAAAUUUGUUGUGUCAAUCAACCUCAACGCUGUGUCCAUCAAUGAAUGAUGAUAAUAGUAAUAGUAUUGGUGCUACGGCGAAAUUUUCCGUUCCACAGUCGACUUCAUUACAUCAGGCAAUGAAUAAGCAUGUAGUAAGGACAAAUCUAAAAAAUUCACAAACUGAUCUUCAAAUAGCUAGUAUCUUGUCACAGAACCAACAACAGCAGUAUCCUCAACGCCAGAUGAAUGAUUCAAGUGAGGUGGCUUCAACUGGACCACUAUGUACUGAAAACCAUCCACUGUCCAAUAAGCAAGUAUGUCAUCACCAUGGUACUGAACAAUCGAAUCACAAGACUAACAGCACACUUCACGAAUGCGUAGUCAAUCCAACAAGCACACUGCAACAUUCACAAUCAAUUCUUGAUGAAAAAGCACUUGGCUAUUGUAGCUUCUAUAACAUAAACACAAUAGGACAAGCAUAUCAUCAUCAUCAUCAACAACAACAACAACAACAAUUACAACCAAUGAGUUUAAUGAUGAUGAUGAAGAUGACAACAACAUCAACAGCGACACCUUCAGGAAUAAAUUAUCCUAAUUAUCAUUCAUCAGCACAUUUAGAACAUCAUGGAUGGUUGAAUCUUUUGGAUUCAAGUGGAUGGAAAAGAGUUGAACUAUUAUUAUUUCGUGAUUUAUUGUUGAUUGCACAAAAACACUCUAAUGGAUACUUUAAUGUGAUUAGAGAUCCUAUAUACAAUACAAAAAUAUCAUAUAUUAACAUUCCACCGUAUGCUUCGGAUCAGCUUAUCCUACAAUACGUGAAUGAAGGCAAUCGUAAGAGGAUUGUGCAUUUUCAAGGAUCAGAUGUUCACGACUGGCUGGUUCGAAUACAAAGACACAUGGUUUAUAAUGGAAAUUGGUGGCUGGGUGGCAGUUGUAGUGCAUCUGAAUAUUAA